AUGGCCGCAUCUGUCACCACCAUCACCUUUGAUGAUGGGCUUUACCACCCCGCGAAUCCCGCACCUGUUGUUGCUCCAUCCACUGCACCAGUCGCAGUGGCUCCGAUUGCCGAACCUAUUCCAGAGCCAGCAACUGUUAACCCUCCGGUCGCCCCGAUGAGCAGCCCUGCUAGCUUGACCGUCAGCUCGUUCAAAUCUGCUGCCACUGCAACCUCUCUUUCAUCCAUCACAACCCCAUCAGGCACUUCCAUCAGGCCAAUGCAAGUCGGCAAACCCUCAAACCAACAUAGCUCGACUGUUGCAGUAAUGGUCAGCUUGACGAUUGUAGUGGCUGUCUUUGGGAUAGUCUUUCUCUCUGGAUACCUGACCAGCAAAAGUUUCAGAACAUGGAAGGAGAAACGUUGGUCACGUUACCCAGAAAACCAAUGGAAGGUAUCACAAGGAAGACCGAUUCCAUCGAUCGCUGAAGGAUCUCAGAGGGAAUCGACCGCCGGCUUGAUAGCUGAUGGGAAGCCCGAGAUGCUCGAACGCGGCAAUCAAAGAAAGAGUCGGAUACAAAGUUUCUUUCACUUCGGCAGAGGCGGCUCCUUUGCGGGUCCAGUCGAGCAGAUGGAUGAGGAACGAGGCUGGUUAUGGGGGGCCAAACCAGCAAAAGAUAACCUGACUCGUUUGGCUACUCCAGGCAUUGGUGUCGGGAAGUACCGCGCAAAGUAUGGCUCUCACACUUCGCGUGGAUUUAGAUACGCCGUUGGCCGGUCUGUCGAUGUUCCAGAGCUUGCGACUCACGAAGCAGCCUCGAUGGCACCAGGAGAAUCGAUGUAUGAGGAGAAGGAAGAAAAAGAAGAACUGUUCUAUGAUUACGCUCAUCGUGCUUCCGACGCAUUUGAUUACGACUUGUAUAAUUCCAAUGAAGGUGGUUCCGGCGAUUUGGCUCCUACCGGAGUCUCCUACCUGCUCACUCGCUUAAAAGACAGUAUCAGCGGCCGCACCAAGUUCAGCAGCCUGAACUCAUCAAACAGCAGAGUCAGACAAGACUCGGCUCGAGGGCGAUGGAAUGAGGUCGGAAGAUUGGUUAAUGACGAUGAUAUUGAAGACUAUGAGGAGAAACUCAUCGGAUCAGAGCCUCAGUCGCACCAUCUCCCCAUCAGACAAGAACUAUCAUUAGCAGAUAUCGACUUGCCUUCAGUCCCAGCUUUUACAUGGGAUGCAAACUCAACCAUCAAGAUCUCAAAACAAAAACGUUGUCGCGAGCCAACUUUGACCGGUGCCGACUCUCGCCCUCCUCAACUUUCAGUGCGUAACGUUUCUCCACCGAGAGCGCUGGCCCCGAAGAGCCGAAAAUUACCGCCUAUUCCAUCACCCCAUGUAGCUGCAAGUUCCAGCCGACAUCAGUCUCGCGGAACCCAUAAAAGUAGAUCAUCGACCACGGCUUCUUCCUCAAGACAGAAAAGAAUUAAAGAAAGGAGCCUGUCAGGAUCCAAAAAAGUGAAGAUUGACUCAGCCAAACCUGCCAGUGAAGUCUAUCCUGGUGGCUUCGUUGGUCGUUCACCCACUAAAAAACUACGCCGAAAGGCAUCACCGGAAUACUAA